AAUGACAAUAAUAAUGAUGAUGAUAAUGAUAACGAUAACAAUAAUAAUAAUGAUACUAAUAAUGAUGAUGAUAAUGAUAACAAUAACGAUAAUAAUAAUGACAAUAAUAUUGAUGAUGAUAACGAUAACGAUAACAAUAAUAAUAAUAAUAAUAAUAAUGAUGACGAUAAUGAUAAUGAUAGCGACAACGAUAAUAUUAAUGAUGAUGAUAAUGAUAACAAUAACGACAACGAUAAUAACAAUGGUGAUGACGAUGAUAAUGAUAAUGAUAAUGAUAAAGAUAAUAAUAAUGACGAUGAUAAUGAUGAUGAUAAUAAUAAUGAUAACGAUAACGAUAAUAAUAAUGAUAAUAAUAAUGAUGAUUAUAAUGAUAAUGAUAACGAUAAUAAUAAUGAAAAUGAUAGCGAUAAUGAUAAUAAUAAUGAUGAUGAUAAUGAUGAUGAUAAUGAUAAUGAUAACGAUAAUAAUAAUGACUAUAAUAGGCAGCAGUUUGCUGCCUCGAGACUAAUAACCACCGCGCACGUAGAUUCUAUUACUUCACAGAGUUCCAUCAUGGUGCCAGGAGAAAGAUCUACGGAGGAGCUAAAGAGACAUCAACAAUCACUUAAGAGAGCAAGUGCCAAAGAGAAAAUGGAUAGCAUUGAUUCAAGCCUCUCCCCAGGCCUGCUGCGUCUGGUUAAUCAAUCGAGGGACAAGGGCGCAAGUUCUUGGCUGAAUGCGAUGCCUCUCGCAGACAAAGGUUUAGUCCUCAACAAGCAAGAGUUCAGAGACUCGCUACGCUUGCGUUAUGACUUGCCCUUAGUCGAUUUACCAAGUCAUUGCAUAUGUGGGGAUAAAUUCACCGUUAGUCACGCCCUCUCUUGUAAAAAGGGGGGGUUUGUAGCGCAGAGACAUGAUGGUGUACGGAACUUGUUAACGACAUUCAUCGACAAGAUCUGCAAUAAUGUCGAAAUCGAACCACGCCUUCAACCCCUGGACAACGAGCGAUUUCAUUUGAGGAGCGCUGUUACAAGUUCUGAGGCAAGGUUGGACAUCAAAGCGGGAGGUUUCUGGGCAAGAGGAGUUACGGCAUUUUUUGAUGUUAGAAUUACGCAAGUCAACUCCAAAUGUUACCAGAGCAAGCCAACAUCGGAAAUGUUCAAAGAGCAAGAAGAAGAGAAGAAGCGCAAGUACCAGCAGCGGGUGUUAGAUGUAGAAAUGGGUUCGUUUACGCCUUUAGUGUUUGGAACCAGUGGCGGAAUGGGAAACGAGUGUGAGCGGUUCUUAAAGCAUCUCGCAGACAAGAUAGCUCAGAAAGACACCGAGCCUUAUCAUGUUGUAAUCACUUGGCUCAGGACACAGAUCUCGUUUGAACUCUUAAGAUCGGUACAUGCAUGCGUCAGAGGUUCGCGAACGCCGUUUCGUAGCAAGAUAGAGCAAUCAUUAGACUGUAAAAUAAAUGCCGCUAGUGCGGAUAUCUGAACGUGUCUAUAUGCUUUUACUUAGGGCUUUUUAUGGACACUGGUUUAGCCUUCAUUAGUAUAAUUCGAUAGUACGAUCUUAAUAUCUCUGCAUAAUGGAAUUCUUAAUUUUAUAGAAUUUCGAACUUUUAUUAUUGAUUAUAUCUAUUUCCUCUUCUUUUGUGUAAGGUUAAGUUACUUCUAUUUUUUAGAAUUUGUAAAUGAAUAGUCUUUUUUUCUUUCUUCACUUAUUACAUAUAGGAUUGUUUUUGAUCUCUGAUGAAGGAAUUGUAAAUAGUGUUUUCAUGAAUUAAUUAGAUCUUUUGUAAUAGCAGGUUGAUUGUAAAUAGGAUUUUAAUUGAGGUUUUGUAAUAAAGAUUUUAGUUUUAUAAUAAUAUAUUUCUAUAAUAAUGAUAAUGAUAACGAUAACGAUAACGAUAAUAAUAAUGAUAAUAAUAAUGAUGAUGAUGAUAAUGAUAGCGACAACGAUAAUAACAAUGAUGAUGAUAAUGAUGAUGAUAAUGAUAACAAUAACGAUAAUAAUAAUGACAAUAAUAAUAUUGAUGAUAAUGAUAACGAUAACGACAACGAUAAUAGUAAUGAUGAUGAUAAUGAUGAUGAUAAUGAUAACGAUGACGAUAAUAAUAAUGACAAUAAUAAUGAUGACGAUAAUGAUAACGAUAAUAAUAAUGAUAAUAAUAAUGAUGAUGAUAACGAUAACGAUAAUAAUAAUAAUAAUAAUAAUGAUGAUGAUAAUGAUAACGAUAACGACAACGAUAAUAGUAAUGAUGAUGAUAAUGAUGAUGAUAACGAUAACAAUAACGAUAAUAAUAAUGACAAUAAUAAUGAUAAUGAUAACGAUAACGAUAACGAUAAUAAUUAUGAUAAUAAUAAUGAUGAUGAUAAUGAUAACAAUAACGAUAAUAAUAAUGACAAUAAUAAUGAUGAUGAUAACGAUAACGAUAACGAUAAUAAUAAUGAUAAUAAUAAUGAUGAUGAUAAUGAUAACAAUAACGAUAAUAAUAAUGACAAUAAUAAUGAUGAUGAUAAGGAUAACGAUAACGAUAAUAAUAAUGAUAAUAAUAAUGAUGAUGAUAAUGUUGAUGAUAAUGAUAAUGAUAACGAUAACGAUAGAAUGAUAACGAUAAUAAUAAUGAUAAUAAUAACGAUGAUGAUAAUGAUAAUGAUAACGAUAACGAUAACGUUAAUAAUAAUUGUAAUGAUAACGAUAUUGACAAUGGUAAUAAU